UUAAACCCUAAUUUCGUCGUCUCUCUCACGCUCGCUAAACCCUCCUUGAGUGGUUUUUCUUCUUCUUCUCUUCAUUUCUCUCUCAGUGGUCGUGUUCUUCGGAUCAAACAGGAAGAGAUAGAGACAAUGGACAUAGAUGGAGAUGCAGAAGAGACCUCGAGGCGGGUCCAAGUCCGGUUCGUCACGAAGCUCCGGCCUCCUUUCAAAGUUCCCGCUAAUUCCAUCGCCAUACCCUCUACUCUAACCCGCGGUGACCUUUCCGCCAUAGUCAACAAUCUUCUCCUAGCUGGAAAUCCUGAAUGGGUAUCUGAACCGUUUGAUUUUCUGAUCGAUGGGGAACUGGUCCGGCUGUCUCUUGAACGGUUUCUUCUUGCCAAGGGUAUUUCGGCCGAGAAGAUAUUGGAGAUUGAAUACAUAAAGGCUGUGGUACCACGGAAGGAAGAAGAACCUUCUUUACAUGAUGAUUGGGUCAGUGCAGUUGAUGGUUCUAGCCCCGGGUUCAUUUUGACAGGGUGCUAUGAUGGUUUUGGAAGGGUAUGGAAAUCUGCUGGAGUGUGUACACAUAUAUUGGAAGGACACAGAGAUGCAGUUACUUCUGUUAGUGUCAUCAAUGCAGAAGGUGGAGAAAGUGUUACUGUUGCUAGUGCUUCAAAAGAUCAGACACUUAGGCUGUGGAAGUUCAAUACAGGAGAGCACCUAAAAAGUCCUUUAAAGGUAAAGGCGUUCAAAAUUUUACGUGGACAUAGAUCUUCUGUUGAAAGUGUUGCUUCUCAGACUUCCGGGGACAUGGUUUGUUCUGGUGGUUGGGAUUGCACAAUUAAUUUAUGGCAGACAAAUGAGAUUAAUACAGAAGGUGAUCUACUUUCAGUUAAGAAGAGAAAAGUAAAUGAGCAGGCUGUAGAUUCACAAUUGGAGGGGGAAGCUGUUUCCACACUAGUAGGUCAUACACAAUGUGUAUCUUCUGUAAACUGGAUAUUUCGUGAAACAAUAUUUUCAGCAUCUUGGGACCAUUCAAUUAGAAAGUGGGAUGUUGAGACAGGCAAAGAUACGUUGAAUAUAUUUUCUGGGAAAGUCCUCAACUGCCUUGAUAUCGGAGGAGAAAGUUCUUCAUUAAUUGCUGCUGGUGGUUCUGAUCCCAUUGUUAGGAUAUGGGAUCCUCGUAAACCAGGAACGUCUGCACCCGUCUUUCAAUUUUCAUCUCAUGCCUCUUGGGUUUCGGCUUGUAAGUGGCACAAGAAAUCCCAAUAUCAUUUAGUCUCUGCAUCCUAUGAUGGAAAAGUUAUGAUAUGGGAUCUUAGGACAGCGUGGUCCGUAGCUGUUAUGGAUUCACACAAGGACAAGGUAUUAUGUGCUGACUGGUGGAAAGGUGACAGCGUUAUUAGUGGUGGAGCUGAUUCAAAGCUUCGCAUCUCGUCUGGGAUCCCUGUUGGUGAAAGUUAGUGGCCCGGCCCAACUUCAACUUUAUUUGUGGUGUAAAAGGGAAAAAAAAAAAAAAAGCUAUAGAAAAGAAAAAAAAGCCCUUUUAAUUAAGCUAUGUUGACAAUUUAUAAAUUUACUUUUUUUUUGUGGCUAUGUUUUUUUGAAAUUAAUUUUAAAUUUACAUUUUUUUU